AUGACUCAUCAUCAACAUCGAUAUCCCCAUGGUGUGUAUCUGAAGGUCUGGCCCCAUCAUGACCUGGCUAAGCUGGUGGUGGAACAACAGGACCCGCCUGAGGGAAAGCUGGUCAGACUCCGUAUGCCUUUGUCUCAGACGUCUCAGGAAGGCAGGCUCAAUGAUGUCCUUCAACUCCACCUAUCAAAGCAGCUCCACGAUAUCGUCAUCCGGAGUCCUCCACGGUUCCCCCACUCCUCGAACAAACACCUUCAUCUUACUAAGAGCGAUAGUAACCAUCUUUUGGAUAGGCAUAUGAACCAUCCCGCUAGUGACAACCCCAUAAGAUAG